GUACGAAAUUCAUCAACCCUGCUGUUUAGUGCUUUGAUGACUAGGAUUUUUGGCGUCAAGAAAUCCAAAGACGAGCAUUCUAGACGUAAUUGUUUGACAGGAAGAGAGUUUUUUACAAGGUUCCCUGAGCUGCAUGCUUUUCUUGUGGAUAAACUUCGACAAUGUACUGAAGCUAUCRAUAGGGCGACAGCUGUUAAUCUUCAUCCMAGUCUGUACCCAGUUUUAGUAUUGUUAUCAAGAUUAUACCCUUCUACCUUGGAUGGUGUCGAUUCAACCCUUAACAUGUCUGCCUUUGUGCCCUAUGUUAUAAGAUGUGGUAGUAGUUCUGUCCUCAAGGCACGUUCUAUGGCAGCAAGAGCAAUCGUGCCUUUAGCCAGUGGUGAGUCUAUGGUCCAGACCAUAAAAGAACUUUUCCUGUCGUUGCCUACAAGCUCCUUGAAUGCCAACCAAAACAAGAUGCAUGGUGCUUUAUUACAGAUCCAGCAUAUCAUAAAAGGCCAUUUAGUUCAGUCCACUGCAUCCAAUCUUGUCAAGGGCAUGGUAGCUARCAACGUAUUACCGACAUUAGAAACCGUCUAUUGGAUUUCCACAAGAUGUAAUCCUUGUGACGUCACCCGGGCAGUAUUUCUUGAUAUCACRCUGGACCUUUGUGUUCACAAUAAUUUAGAACUAAAAGGCCAAAAGGGAAAAAUGGAGAAUUUCGUCGACAAUAUAACACGAAUACGAGGGAUGGUUAUGGAGACUGCCUUACAUGAGACAAUCUCUGUGAGUCCCAAACCCCAAAUAUCCAUUGGUGUAUCCCUUGUCAAAGAGGUCUGCKCACGAAUAGUACUGGCUUCCGUAUYGCAGUGCMGGAAAUUCGAAGAGAAAAGGACUUGUUGUGAAUUAUCUUUGUCAGGAUUAGACGAUGCUGUCAACUUARUGUCGAAACCAAUGAAUCAUUGUCACGUUGUUUGUUGUUUGCUCUCAUCACGUGAGUACGAAGUUCGUCUGGCUGCACUGCAUCACUUGGAURCAAAUCUACCGCGCARUAAUCCACGCCUGUCAUGUGAUCAGGAAGGUCGCUCCAAUCAAAAAAAAKGUUAUAUCGAUUUUGAUGGAGAAGAUUUGKCAAAAAUUGCUUUAGCCUUACUAGAAAUGGCGUUGGGCAAAGAACAUCACUUGGACUGUCUGGCACAGGUUUAUUACUGCUUAUCUUUGGUUGUAAACUAUCUCACCUUCCCACUGCAAUCCUCAUCUUCUGUCAAACUAGUCUCAUACAUUGAGUGCUGGCGUUAUUUUUUGACGAAAGCCGAUCAUUCCUCCGAACUACGGGAUGGUAUUAUUUGUUCACUACUCGAUCUCCUUUCCAAGUUGGCUAAUAGUGUUUAUGAGGAAUAUUCAAGCACCGACAAGGCUCCUAUCGACCUCGCCAUACCUAAAAUGUUCCACGACUUCAGUUUGUUACUUAAAUCGACGAGUAAAGAAGAUGCAAGUUUCGAGGUGCGACUUAAGACWGCUGGCAUACUAUCUGGUGGCGCUUUAGACGCUUUGCUGUGGGAUCCGUGUUCAUUACUUGGUGGUUUUCCUCUGGAACUGUGGGAAGUGUUAGUGGAUCUUUUACAUGAUGAUGAUUCCUACAUACGGGACUGUGCAGCUCGAGUCGUGCUUACGAAUCAUGAUGAAAACCGAGCAGAAGAUGUAUGUUUUYCAACACCGACACUGGCUAUCAAAAAUGUUCUUUGUACUAUCUGUACCCAUUUUCUCCCCAAAGAACCGCGAGUUACAUUACAGUGGAUGUUAGGAUGGAUCGUCACCAUCGACACAGUGUCGAUCAAGMACAGCAAAGCAAAUUAUAAGCAGUCAGAAAUAGAUCUUCUCUUUGAUAGAAACUCUUUGAAUUCCUAUCAAGAAAGAGUAGUKCUUGCACGUUGUGCAUUACACUGUUUAAAUGAAGCUUUGCUUAAAGCAGGAAAUAACCUCACCCCCAUUUGGCCAAGAGAUGCAGUUGAUGAGAGAUCGACUGGGGAAACUAGAAGGGACAUCAUAUAUCGUCUGAUAGAUGAUGUAGCAUCGGGAUGCAUCUCUAAACUACAGGGAAUUAUCGCUCGACCAGAUGUUUCAAGUCGGCACUUUUUGGAAAUAUUCUCCAAUUUAAAUGGACUUGUAGCAAGCGGACGUUUACUGUCAAAUCUAGAAAUCCUGAACACAGCUGUAAAUGGACAAGAUGGGGAAACAGAAGAAUUGAUUGUAAAGCAGAAAAAGAAAAAUACCGAACCAAUGUCAAAGUUGAUCGAAGGACUUGUAUCUAAUGUGAAGCUGAUGGAUUUGUUCUGUCAUCCUUUAAUGGCGGACUGUGUACGUGACCUUUCUGAGAUCUAUAGUUUUUCAGACAUCAGCCUACAAGUGUGACAAGAACUAGAGGCGAUGUCGCUAAUUCUCGAAACACUGAGAUGUUGCCUUCACCUGUCUGAAAAGUCGAGCUAUACAUAUCGAAUUACUAGAAAUCAUGAACACGAGCUCGUUCACCUGCGCUUUGAGACACGGACCAGCCAUAUUGGGGAGAUGCGACAAUGCAGGYCGAACUUUGUUGGAGGGAAAAACAAGUUUGAAUGAAGAAGAUGGAUGAGAGAAAAAUAKCACUCGCUGAACACGGAUUUMAAUYUCCCACACACAUCUCAUUUUGGUCUCAUUUGUCAGGACCGCGCGUCAAGGGAGACUGGUGUGAAACGUCAUCGKGGUGAGGGACAAAACACAAAUUAGUGACGUGUAUAUUGGUCACCRUUUUUGCUAUUGRAAAGCUGUUUCAUUUUUUCGAAUUAAAACUGUUAAGAACGUCCAAUACUAGUAGUUAUUCAGGAAGCGAUAACUUUUAACGUCUAAACACGAUGACGUAAUAGAUCAUCGCUCCAGGACUACGCAUUUCGAACGUUAACGCGCUGGCUAGUCUGGCUAGUCCACUGAAUACCACCCUCUCGUCUACUGUACCCGUGGUCGCCAGUCAGGAGUGUGUGCACCGCAGGAACACCAUUACCCGUCCACUUUAAUAAAAUCCUCUAACCGUAUUUUGCGUCUACACUCAAUCUUCGAGUUGUGUUGCGGUCGCUAGUAAGUGAGUGUGCACGGGGUCGCUAGUCCCCGUAGUCUUAAUAGAACGAGAUAUAUUCAUAAGUAUGAUAGAGUGUACCCGCGGUCGCUAGUCCCCGUAGACUUUAUAGAACGAGAUAUAUUCAUAAGUAUGAUAAUGUGUACCCGUGGUCGCUAGUCCCUAACCCUAACCCGGCGAGAUAAAUCCCAGUCUAAUCACAACUAUGUAGAAUUUGCGAUCGUUGGGUAAAUGCUGCCAUACCACGUCUAGUAGCUUUACAUCUGGUCAAUACCAGAACUUAAAUAAAAUCACCGCAAGUGUCAAAAAGCAAUAAUAAAAAUCCCUAAGUAAAUACAACUUUGCCUCAACGCCAAGUUUUUGAACGUCAAUGAAUAAAGAAGUGCAAGAAAGAA